GCUGAGUAGUUGCUGUUGUGGCCGGCUCCUUAAUUCCUUCAUUGUCACCACGUACAAAAAUUUCGAUGGCCGAUCACGAUUUCCCAGUAAUCGAUCUCUCCCCGUUUUCCACUACCCCCGGCGCCGGCGAUGCAAAGAAGAAGGAGGAGGUGAUAAGGCGAAUCCGGGGAGCAUGCUCCGCCUCCGGCCUCUUUCUGAUCGUCAACCACGGCAUCCCCAUGGCAGCGUUGAGCGACACCUUGGCCGCCGCUUGCGAGUACUUCGAUCGCCCUGCCGAGGAGAAGCUCAAGUGGGUCCCACCGCCGGCGGAUGCCGCAUCGGCCAUACCCACCGGCUACGUCAAUCGGGCGGCGGUUGAGUUGGCUCGCAAUAAUAGCGAGAUGUUCGUGAUAGCCCCAACCGGGUCUGCUUCCAACGUCUACCCAACCGAACCGCCACGGUUCAGAGAGAAAAUGGAGAGGACAUUUGGGAACUUCCAGAGGACAGCGAAAUUGAUAAUGACUCUUCUAAACGACGCUCUGGGCCUUCCUCCAGAUCUUCUACAUCAAUAUAACGACAACAAGCAGUGCGACAGGAUGAUCGGGCACCACUACUUCAAGGCCACCGCCGAUACCAAGAAAAUGAUCGGAUCAUACCCACAUAAGGAUGCGAACCUUUUCACGCUGUUGUUGCGGGAUGACGUAGGAGGGCUUGAGUUCCUGCGCAAUGGCCAGUGGAUUCCAGUUUCUCCUGUCCCUCAUUCCCUCGUCGUCAACGUUGGCGAUUUCCUCCAGUAAUCGAUCUCUCCCCGUUCUUCACUACCCCCGGCGCCGCCGACGCAAACAAGAAGGAGGAGGUGAUAAGGCGAGUCCGGGGAGCAUGCACCGGCGCCGGCAUCUUCCUGGUCGUCAACCACGGCAUCCCCCCCGGCAGCGCUGAGCGAGACGUUGGCCGUCGGUCGCGAGUUCUUCGACCGACCCGCCGAGGAGAAGCUCAAGUGGAUCCCACCGCCGGCGGCCGCAUCGGGCAUGCCGACCGGCUACGUCAAUCAGGCGGCGGUUGAGUUGGCUCGGAAUAAUAGCGAGAUAUUCAAGAUGGCCCCAAUUGGCUCGCCCUCCAACGUCUACCCGACCGACCCGCCACGGUUCAGAGAGAUAAUGGAGAGGACAUUCAAAUACUUUCAGAGGACGGCGGCGUUGAUAGAGACUCUUCUAAACGACGCUCUGGGUCUCCCUCCAGGUCGCCUUCAUCAAUAUAACAGCAACAGGCAGAGCGAUAGGAUGAUAGCAUACCGCUACUUCAAGGCCAAUGUCGAGACCAAGAAAAUGAUCGGAUCAUACCCACACAAGGACCCGAACCUUUUCACAUUGUUGUUGCAGGAUGAUGUCGGAGGGCUUGAGUUCCUGCGCAACGACCAGUGGAUUCCAGUUUCUCCGAUCCCCCAUUCCCUCGUCGUCAAUGUCGGCGAUGUCCUCCAGGUGCUAAGCAACAAUGAAUUCAAGAGCGUGGCGCACAGGGUGGUAUCUCCGAGCGAGAAGGAUCGCUAUUCGUGCGCAUUUGGGUGUCAGAUCGGCGAAAACAAAUGGGUAGAGCCGUUUGCGGAGUUAACAAGCCAGAUCAAGGCGGCGCCCAAGUUUAAGGGUUUCUAUCACGGUGAAUUCCUGCAGCUGUUGGGGGCCAGUUAUAAACCAACUCUGGAACCAAAUGACACAUUCACCCUUAUGGACGUCGUUGUAAACAACUACACUCUCCCAGCAUGAACUACCCCAAAUUGAGCUCUGGCAAGCCUUUGUUUGCAAUAACAUACUCAGAUGUGGAUCGGACUGUUAUGAGACAAUUCAAUUACCACAUCGAAAAUAUAAGGGAAGGGAUCCUAGCUAGCUUGUUAUAUUUUUCUUUUGUUGGUUGUUGGUCUUAAUGUUCCAACUUAAAAGUAAUUAUGGAUCACUGGAGUUAAUCUAGUAAAGUUGUUGUGCAU